AUGACGUCCGAAGUCCCCUCGACUUCGCCGUCAAGCUCUGCUCCUGCACAGCACAAGCCUCUGGUCGUUGGCCGCACCAAACCUCAGUCUGCCACCAUGGAUAGCUCAUCGAGUAGCGGUCCUGUCGACAAAGCCAUACCCGCCGAGGCAAAGGCAGCCCUCAACCAUGAAAUCGCCGCGAACGUCAAAUCCAAUACGUCAGCCCCCGCACCAGCAGAGGAGACCGCAUCUCCGUCAGGCAACAACAAGAAGAAAGAAAAGGCCCCCAAGCAGCCCAAGCAGCCAAAAGCCCCCGCAACUCCCGCAGCCCCUGUCUCUCCCGCCCUUAUUGACCUGCGAGUCGGCCACAUCCUUCGCGCAAUCGCACACCCCAAUGCCGACUCCCUCUAUGUCUCGACCAUUGCGAUGGGCGAUCCGGAGGGGACAGAACAUACUCAAGUUGACGAGGAGACAGGCAAGGUCGUGCGGACAGUAUGUUCAGGUCUGAAUGGACUGAUACCGUUGGAGGAAAUGCAAAAUCGAAAAGUUAUAGUGGUCGCAAACCUGAAACCAGUGAACAUGCGCAGCAUCAAAUCCGCGGCCAUGGUGCUGGCUGCGUCUCCGCCUGCGGAGGAAGGUGCAGAUCCACACGCAGCCGAUCGAAUCGUGGAACUGGUAAAUCCUCCCGAGGGCAGCGAAGCAGGGGACAAAGUUUACUUCGAGGGCUGGCCGUACGGCGAGGGCAAGGGACCAGAGAAACAGUUAAACCCGAAGAAGAAAGUGUGGGAAGCCGUGCAACCGGGCUUCUUCACGAGUGAGGAGUGCGUGGUUGGGUUUGAUGCGGGCAGGGCGGGCGUUGAGAUUGAGGGAGACAAGGAGAGGAAGGGCUGGUUGAUUGUGGAAGGGAAGGGAAAGUGCACAGUCCAGACGCUGAAGGGAGCCGUUGUGAGGUGA